AUGACGGACACGUGGCAUCUCAGCGCGGUGGCGAGCCUGGUGGAGAACCUGGACAAGCGCCUGCUCGUCGCGCUGCGCGACGGCUCGAACAUCAUCGGCACGCUGCGAUCGUUCGACCAAUUCGCAAACAUCGUCCUCGAGAGCGCGGUCGAGCGCAUCAUCGUCGGAAAGAUGUUCAGCGAUAUCCCACUCGGAUUGUACAUCGUGCGAGGCGAGAACGUCGUGCUCAUGGGCGACGUCGGGGCGAACGGGGACUUGGACGGCACGGAAGGGUUGAUUGAGGUGGACAACGCGGAGAUCAUACGGGCGAGGGAGGCGGAUCAGACCGCGGAGGCGAUGAAGGGAGACAUCUUGAAACGAAUGGACUUUUUAGAUGAGUGA